AUGUCAUCUACAAGGAAGAGAGAUGCUGAACUGGCUGUCAUGCUGAAGCACUUUGAGGGGAACAUCUUUAUGCCAUUGUCUCGGAUGGACUUACCUGGCUCUCCGUCACGGCUGGUGUGCUCCUCCCAGCCAGCCCAGAUGCUGUCCAUUGACACCGGCCAGGCUGACCGGCAGGCCAGCGGCAGGAUGGAUGUGUCUGCCUCAGUGGAGCACGAAGCCCUCAGCAACGCCUUCCGCUCCGUGCCCCUCGCCGAGGAGGAGGACUUUGACAGCAAGGAGUGGGUCAUCAUUGAUAAGGAGACAGAGCUGAAGGACUUCCACCCAGGUGCUGAGCCGAGCACCUCUGGAACCACGGAUGAGGAGCCUGAGGAACUAAGACCUAUUGAAGAGGGUGAGGAGCGAAGGCGCUUGGGGGCAGAUGCUGCAGUCAGGCCAAAGACGCAUGAUGGGCGAAGUCGGGGCAUGCAGCCUGUGACUGAGGAGGACAGUUCCCACAGACAUGAAGGACCUUCUCAAACAGUAUCUGACAGUAAACAUGAACAGCAGACAGGAAGUCCAGCCCAUUCCCCCCUACAUUCAGCACCAGCUAUCCGACAAAGGAGACGAGAGUCUGAACCCACUGGUCCUCAGAGACAGGCCUUCUCAGCACUCCCUUCCGAGUCCUUUGAAAUGAAUGGUCUGCCCAAGGCGGUGCCUUUAAGUUUGCCUUACCAAGACUUCAGAAAAGAUGUGUCAGACUACUGGGAAAAGCCUAAGGUGUCCCAGCGGAUAAAGAGAGUGGAUUUCUCAAAUAUUGUCUUGACUGCUCCUUGCAAACCUCUGGAACCUUAUCUGGAAAUUAAUGGAAAGGAGGAGGAAGAAGAAGACGACGAGGAAGAAGAUGAGGAAGAGGAGGAGGCAGAAGAGGAAGGGGAUGAGAUUGAUAUGCACAGUGGUUCCAGCAGUGACCUAAGUCAAAAAAGCACAGAGCACAGCCAGGAGUGCGCACCAUCCACGCUCCUGGCUGACGACCAGAAGGGAUCCAAAGGUCGAGCGUCCACUGCUGAUGGGGACCUGGAGCUGGAGGAAGGCUCAAAAACACUAGUACUGUUUUCACCAGGUGAUCUGAAAAAAUCUCCGGUGACCACAGAUUUGGCUCCAGAAGUUGAUCUGGGCACCCUUGCUGCACUGACACCUCAGAGCGAGCGGCCACAGCCUAUGGGCAGCCAACUGGAUGUAUCCGAGCCAGGAACCCUGUCCUCAGUCCUUAAAUCUGAACCAAAGCCUCCCAUGGCAGUGGCUACAGCUUCCUCCCCCUUUACCAAAGUUGAGCGCACGUUUGUUCACAUUGCUGAAAAGACCCACUUAAAUGUCAUGUCUUCCAGCGGCCAGCUGAUGAGGCAUGAAGAAUACUGUCCCCCAGGCCAGUUUGAGGAGGUCAUCAUCAAAGAAGAGCUGGAGGACAACCUGGUGCUGGUAGAGAACGGGAGCAUACACUCGGGGCUAGAAGGGGCAGAGACGGAGAGCUGCGCACUUUCGGCUAAUCCCAUUGAAACCACCCCAGAGACAGUGGGGGAGCAGCUGCCCCUUCCCAACGGCACAGGAAAGCCACCCGAGGACAAGCCGGAGCUUUCCGACCAAGUGGCCUUCUCACUGGAUUUGGAAGAGCCUGGCAAGGUGGUUACAAGAGAGCCUGGCCUCGAGAAAUUGGCAUCAGUAGCGGCUCACCUUAAGCGAGCAGAGACCCUCAGCACGCCCCAGCAGGGCCCCAGGAGACCGCUGGGCCCCAGGUAUAGAAGCCGGAUACCCAUUUUGUUCUCUGAGGAGGACACCGGCUCAGAUCUUUCCACUUCACUCUCAACCAAAGAGAGGCUUUAUAAGAGGGCAAAGCAACCUGACUUGGCUCGCCUGGUAAUGGAGAAGAGGCAAAAUCGCCUCCUUCGGCUGGCUUCGGGGGCCUCCUCCUCGGCCUCCUCCAGCGACGAGAGGCGACGGGCCUCAGAAACCCUGUCGGCCACCGGUUCCGAGGAAGACACCCACGACUCUGAUGACUCCAUCCCAAGGAAGGCGGGGAAGGAGAAGGCUGCCCUCCUGGGGAAAGAAGAGAGACCCAUAAGCACAAAAAGCAGAAUUCCUCGGCCCAUCACACCGGUAAAAACACUGCUAGAGGUGGCGAAGUCUGAGAGCUCCGUGGCUGUCACUAUGGCGGUGCUGUGGAGCUCCCCACAGGAUGCGGCUGCUGCCUACAGGCUUCAGGCACAGAGACCAGCUGGAAGUGUCCCAAAUGAGUGCCGAGCAACACAAAUACAAAGUCGACUUUCUCCUUCACCAAGCUCUACUUCUUUUCCUCCACGGAGCAGCUCAAGGAGGUCCAGUUGUGUAUCCCCUCGGAGCCCUGUCCUUCCUUCAAGAAACCCCAGUGCUUCCCCCAGAAGCCAGCUGCCACCUCGGAGGGAAAGCCCUUCUCCCUGCCGACAGCAUAAGCCAGGGACUGCUCUUCAGCGAGUUCCUCCUUCCCCCCGACCUCAGCCCCCAGCUCAGGCCCUGGGGCCAGCAGGAGAUUCCCUGCCCUCUCCUGGCGUGGCCAAAAAAGGUCAAAGAGGAAAAACCCAGACUCAGAGUCCAGCAACCAAAGGAAAGCAGGUGUCCCUGGAAAGUAAGGCAGCUGCCAGAUAA